GUAAGGCUGGUGACUCACAGAAGGGAACGUCGCUCCGGGAAGCGAUGCGUCAGUGGGAGGAGAACACGGGGGAGAAAGCCUCAGAUGCCGUAGAAGUCAAGCUUAUUGGCCUCUACCCUCCCAUAGAGAAGCUGGACUCUUCACUCCAGGCUCUGGUCAACUGCGAGAAGCUGAGCUUGUCAACCAACAUGAUUGAGAAGCUGAGUCACCUUAACAACCUCCGCUGCCUCAAGAUCCUUAGCCUGGGCAGGAACAACAUCAAGAACUUUACUGGCCUGGUGAGCAGCACCUCAUGCAGCGGCAACAGCAGCACCUCAGCAUUAGAAAUCUGCCGUACGAAAACGAUUGAAGACUCUAAACUCAAUGCUGACCAUUACUUAACUCAGUGCUGUACCUAUCUUAACUUCCGUGCUGACCCUAUACAUUAA